AUGAUGCAACUCGUCCAGAAACUCGCCGAGGAUGGUGAAGCAAUGUAUCAAUGGCUGCUCAAGGGCCUAGAAGAGGAAUGGUCCAACCUUCCAGGCGUUCGAGCAGCUGGAAACCCAUCUUUUCCGUUUCACUUUUCUUCCGAGGAAGCUAACACCAUAGAUCAAGAUGCCGCUGACACAGAGCUAGGAAUGGAGUUGAUGAGCAGUUUGAAAGUUUCACUCGGCGAUCUGUGCCCAGAUAGGGGUAUGGUCCGUCACGAUAGUUACGAUGCUGCGAGAGCACUUCUCAGACAAAAAAAAGAAGAGUUAAUGGCUCAAUUAGGCUGUUCCGAGGAUGAGCGACGUGUCUGGGAUCAUUGCUGGCCGUUUGACAAUUAG